AUGGUUUUAGUUCAAGAUUUAUUGCACCCAUCCCCAGCUACUGAGGCUCACCAACAUAAAUUGAAGUUGCUUGUUCAACAACCAAGAUCCUUCUUCAUGGAUGUUAAAUGUCAAGGAUGUCUUAACAUCACCACUGUUUUCUCACACGCCCAAACCGCUGUCACUUGUGAUUCCUGUUCAACUGUGUUGUGUACCCCAACCGGUGGUAAGGCUAAGUUGACUGAGGGUUGUUCUUUCAGAAGAAAGUAA